AGAUUUUAGUUUUAGAUUUGGGUUCUUUAUCACAUCACCAUCAGUAUCACCAUCUAAAACUUAAAAACAUGUUCUCUUCUUUUAUUCUUGUAAUCUUAUGGGUUUAUUUGUGUAAAUUUAUGUCUUAGUGUGGCCCUUACACUCCAUGGUAACUAACAUUGUUUUUGGAAACCAUUUUUUGAAAUUGAUUAAUCUUUAUAUAACAUAUAAUAGAUGGUUAGAUCAUGGUAAUGUAUUCAUUAGAAAACUUGCCUGUUAAUUAGAAUUAUAAAAAAUGUCCUGAUAGUUUUACCUAAUAUUGACAUCAAAGUAAUCAUGUAGGCUUUUUAAAUCUUUAAAUUUGAGCCACUCCGAGAAUGUUGUGUGCCAUUUCCAUGUGAAUAAUAAAUACUGACAAUAACAUAUUGGCCGGUUUAAAAAAACAAAUCACAGUAAGAAAAGCGUCAGAGUGUGACGUCUUGUCAAUGUCGGCCCAUCUUCGGGGGGGAAAAAUCAUUCCACUACGUCAAGUCGCUCGGUCCGCUCGGUGAAGAUGUCUGCGACGGGCUCAAGUGGCUGUGGACCGGGACCCGGACCCAGCUCGGGGACCGGCUCAGGGGCCUCCAACCCGCGGAAGUUCAGCGAGAAGAUAGCGCUGCACACGCAGAGGCAGGCCGAGGAGACCGCCGCUUUUCAAGAGGUGAUGAUGGACAUCACCUCGACCAGGCUCCAGGCCCAGAAGCUGCGUUUAGCCCGGAGUCAGGGUCCAUACUACGGUGGCUCUUUACCCAAUGUGAACCAGAUCGGCAGAAGUCCUCAGGACUUCCAGGGUGCCUUUCCCUCCACUCUGGAGUCCAACCGUUCCACCAGGCAUCACGGCCUGGUCGAGAGAGUCCAGAGGGACCGUCGCUUCGCCUCCCCGGGUCGGCCGUACCGCAACAGACAAAUGGACAGCUCACAAUAUAACUCCGCCUACCUGUCCCCGCCCCCUGACCCCAGCUGGAGAAGGAAUUGGUCUGGAAACUUCCCCGGGGAUAAAAGCCAGUCGUUUCAUCUCCCCACCACUGCACUCAACAGGACCAACUCCGACUCAGCCCUCCAUACCAGCGUAAUGAACCCUCCCACAGGAGACCCCUUCACCACAGGAUGCCCCACCCUGACGCCACAAAACACCAGACGCACAGGUCAGGGUGAUGGAGAAAGCAGACGAAUGUUUCCAUACCCCGUGCCUCCAAUUGAAGAGAACGUGCUGGACGAGGGGAAACUGCUCAAACCGUGGGACACAAAGAAGUUGCCUCUGCUUUCAUCCCGACCAAAGUCCUGUGAAGUUCCAGGCAUCAAUAUCUUCACCUCUCCGGAGCAGCCGUCUCUGCCGACUCACGGUGUCCCCUCAGCUCUUAACACGGGUGGAUCCUUACCUGAUCUGUCCAGCCUCCACUUCCCCUCCCCAUUGCCCACUCCCCUGGAUCAGGAUGAGCCAGGCUACCCAGGAUCCUCUUUGAGCGGGGGUAGCAGCACUGGGAACUUGACCUCCACCCUGACUCAGCUGGGCAUUAACGCCGCCAACGUAGCAGGAGGCAACGGCAACUUCCACCACACACCAGGCUUCCUGGCGUCUCUACAGAGCACACUCAGUAACUCGUCCCUGCAGUCGUCGCUCAGCAACCCCAACAUCCAGUCGUCUCUCAGCAGUCACUCCUUCUCCAACUCCCUUAGCUCCGCCUCACUGCACUCCCUCAGCAACCCCUCGCUGCAGUCCUCUCUAAGCUCCUCCCCGUCCCUUCCGUCCUCUCUCAGCAGCCAUUCGCUGCACUCAUCCCUCAGCAACUCCUCGCUGCAGUCCUCGUCGCUCAGCAACCCCAACAUCCAGUCGUCUCUCAGCAGUCACUCCUUCUCCAACUCCCUUAGCUCCGCCUCACUGCACUCCCUCAGCAACCCCUCGCUGCAGUCCUCUCUAAGCUCCUCCCCGUCCCUUCCGUCCUCUCUCAGCAGCCAUUCGCUGCACUCAUCCCUCAGCAACUCCUCGCUGCAGUCCGUGUCUGGCAGUAACGCCGGCUACGGGGGCAGCGGUGUUGGCGGCGUGGGCGGACCUAGCUCAGGCUCUUCCUCUUCCUCCUCCUACCAGCCACUGCUCAGUGGACAGGGUCAGCCGGGGACGCUCAGCACGUCGCCACGGAGACGGGCCCAGCUUUCCCCGCUUAUCCUACCCAUGGGAGGAGAGACGAGGAGACAUCACUCCAAACAGUUCUCUCCCACUAUUUCCCCUACACUGUCUUCCAUCACACAGUUCUUCCAUCCUCCAAAGGGAGUUCCACUGGACACCAGCAAACUGCCUCUAGACCAGAGGCUUCCUCCAUACCCCCUCAGUCAGUCCCAUCAGCACCAGCACCCGCCGGGAUCACACCAGCCUGUGUCAAAUCUGUCCGGCUCUCAGCAGAGCCAGCAGCCUCCUGGAAUGGUCUCACAUCCCCAUCACCACCAACAGUUGCAUCGCCUUCAGCAGACGCGGCCAAACAACCAGCCGCAGCAGCAUCAGCAGCAGCAGCAGCAGCAGCAGCAUCAUCAUCAGCUACAGUCCAUGCAGCAACUCCAUUUGCAGAACCUUCGCAACCAGCACAUGCAGCAGCAGCAGCAGCAGCAACAACAGCAGCAGCAGCAGCAAUUUGGAACGAAGCACAUCGGACCGCAGGCGAGCACCGCAAACACGACGCAGAUCAAGAGCGAAAACACACUGGCGCACUGUGUCCAGAGCUCCUCGCUGUCGCCGCACUGUCACGUCAAACGGGAUCCUGAACAGCAGGGUGAGCAGCAGCAGCAGCGAGUAGGCAUCCUCUCGCCCCUCCAGCACAUCAGCCAUGGUCUCACCUCUGAUCUUUAUAAUGAUUCUCUGUUUAACUCUCUGCUGGACGAUCCAUACCUGAGUCUACAGCUCUCCAGCAAGUCUAACAACCAACAGUUCACAGCAGAGAACCAGGGUGACAGUCUGUCCCUGAACCACGGAAACAUGAGCUGCGGGAACAGUGACAAGAACCAGUUCCCCUCCAACAGCCAGGGCUCCAUGGGUUUGAUAGAUCCCAGCGAGCAGCAGCAGCAGCACCUCAACAACCAAAAUCAGAACUACGGUGGAGACGGAAGGCACAACGUGCCCAACAUCAUACUCACAGGAGACUCACCUCCGGGGCUGUCCAAAGAAAUUGCCAGUGCUCUGUCCCAUGUCCCAGGCUUCGAAAUGGAUCCUUUCUCCCUUGAUGACCCACUCAGAAUGGACCACCUGGCCCUAGACAUGCUCGAAGGUGACCUGAUGUUGGCUGACCCUGCCGUGGAGGACUCCUUUCGGUCAGACCGACUGAAAUGACCUCUGCCCCUGCAGCUCCUAGCUCCAUUUGUACUCGCACUCCACUGUGGGAAUGCAGAGAUGGAAAUCUGUGAAGACGGACAAGUAGGGGACUACGUCGGCAUACAGAGCCAGGUCUGGAAGUUCUGGAGGAACGAACCGAGGUUUCUGACGGUGAUGAACUAAUGAAGGCGGCGAUUUUUUUCCCGUUGAAAGCACUUAACUGCAAAAUAAAAAAAAAGAAAUUGCUCUUGCUAAUGCUUGAAGUCAAGAAAAAGGCGCUUUUCUAUUUAGCCAUUAGCUUGCAUGAGUCUCAGCUACAUGUAAAUGAAAAUGCACUUGCGUAAAAUGCAAAUACAUUGGAGGGGGAGGGGAGAUGCUAACUCUACUCUGACGUCCAAUUAGUGUUAAGUACUCUGUAUAAAAGAAAAACUAAGAAAAUCCGAAAAGGAAGCAUACGAGAAAACAUGACCUAGAACUGUUUCUGGUCACUUCAUGUGGCUGUGGCUGUGGCUUUGCUAAGCUUUUUUUAAAAAGACAUGGAUGUUUGGUUGUUGGAAGAUUUUUUUUUUUUUUUUUUUUGCUCCAAAAAUGCAGUUGGUCUUGCUGUAACCACCAUUUGACAGGAAGUUAGCCAGUAUAAAUUAUACAUCUAAAAUGUAUAUAUACCUUUUUAAAUAUCAAAACAACCCAGUGAGUCACAGUUGAGCAAAAUAUAUAUCUUCGUACAGUGACUUGAUCAGCUCCACACAGAGGGGUUGCAAUGUGAUGCACUGAUGUUGUCGAAGCAGCUUUGAAUACGAUAAAGGCCACGGUGAUUGGUAGAUUGUCACUUGACAAAUUACAAAGGAAAUUUUUGUAAAGUUGUACCUUUAAAAAAAAAAGUCCAAAAUUAUUCUUGCGAUAUACUUUUUUAAGUAAAAUAAAUAGCUAAAAUAAUUUUCAGGAUUUUUUUUACCUAAAUGAUCUGAUAUAUGAAUUUUGACCAUUUCACAGAAUUCAGAGAUGACGUUUGUUAUUAUUUACUAACUUACUUCAAUCUCUGACCUGAAUCUCUAAAACAUUUAAAUAAAUUUGAAUUUAAAAAUAUAUAUUUUAGUGUUUCAGAUCAAAAGAAUAUAUAUUUUUAUUCUUGUAUUUUAUCAAAAAAGUAAUUUAAGUUCAGAAUUUUUCAAAUUGAUUUCAGAGUUUUAAAAAGAAGAAAAGAUUGUCUAUGUGAAUCUUAUUCCGGUCCCUUAGAUUCAGCUCUGAUGUGGACCUAUUUGCCUUUAUGUGAAACAAGUGAAGAGUUAAAAAGUAAAAAAGUUGAAAAGCAAAAUCAGCCAAUCAUGGCCGCUGAUGCCCCAGUCUGGAUUCGCUUUCCUCUAAAAAAAAAAAAAAAGAAAAAAAAAAAAGCAGACUGAGCAACGGAAUCAAACCUAAAACUUGAGCUUUAAACUUAAAUAUGCAAAAACUGUAAAUGAUGCAAAAAAGAAAGAAAAUGAUGCAGUGUCAUGUACUUAUGAUGUCACAUAAUUGUAUCCAAGGAUACGUAGAGUUACUGAAAAUAUAUGGAGGUUAAUUUUGACCAAAACCCACUCAGGCCGGAGUCCAAGUUUCAGUCAAAGUCCUAGUCCGAGUCCAUGUCCAAGUCUUUGUUGCAUUCUUGAUCCUAAUCUGAAUCUCUGGGAUUUAUUCUUGCUCACUUUAAAUUUCAGCCAUAUCAUUCUCAGUCAUUAAAUAAGUAUUUUUUUAUAAAAAAAAA